CAAGACGUAGAAACGGUUGAAGCUUUGGAUCCCGGUUUGAAUUUUGAUGAAAUUGUUGACGAAUCUCCUAAAAGUACAAAUGAAGAUUCAGUAUUUAAAUGGCCUCAUGAAGCAAUUCUUAUGUUUCUUGAUGAAUACCGAAAAGAACAAUCAGAUCUCACGAGCGGUAAAAUUUCUCAAAAGAAAGUGUGGCUGAAAAUUAGUGAUCAACUCCGUGCUCAUGGUCAUAAUGUCACAGGUCUUCAAUGCCAGUCAAAGUUUUCAGGAAUGAAGAAAACUUACAAAAAAAUAAAAGACCAUAAUAAUAAGUCGGGCAAUUCUGCCAAGCAUUGGCCGUACUUGACUGUAAGUCACUUUUAG